AUGAAGAAGCCUCGGUGUGGUAUGAGUGAUCCAACCCCAGACAGUCGCUUGCGAAGAUAUGCCACUCUUGGAAAAUGGUUAAAGACUGAGUUGAAAUAUUUCGUCCAACCUGGUCAAGAUCUCUCAGUUGAUAAGCAAGGAAAGAUAUUUGCUAAGGCACUGAAGUUCUGGUCCGACGUGUCUGGGUUGAGAUUCUCUGAAGUCGGUAGCGCCAGUGAGGCAGACAUCAAAAUAAGCUUAAGUACUGUAAUGAUACCUACACCAAAGGUUUACUAUGAGUACACAUUCUCUUUAAUUAGCUUUGGGAGAAAGAGUCACGGUGGCACCAAUGUGGAGGGGACAUGCCUGAAACCAUUCGACGGCCCCGAAGGGAUUCUAGCGCAUGCGGAUUACCCUCAGAGUGGGCGAGCUCAUUUUGACGAGGAUGAGACCUUCACCGAUGGUACUUACAGUGGUACAAAUCUUUUAUGGGUGGCAGUGCACGAAUUUGGGCAUUCCUUGGGCCUGCAGCAUACAAACGUCCGGGGGGCGAUCAUGUAUCCUUACUACACAGGUUACGUCCCUAACAUGAAGCUCCACUCUGAUGACAUUGCUGGUAUUCAAUAUUUGUAUGGUAAGGGAACCCAAGAAGAGCUGUUAUAAAUUUUAGGGUAGUAGGCGAUGGCAUGGUAACAUUAGGCGAAAACGCGCUAAAGAGAGUUUGAGUAAUGCGCUUUCUAUGGCAAACACGUUUUCAAACUGUUUUACCAUAGUUAAUAGAGGGAAU